UUUCGUUUCAAUUCUGGCGCACCCACUUGUGAAUUUUUUUUUGUCUGUGUCCUUCUUUUGUUUGUUUCAUCUGGGGCAUUCUUUUGCUUUUAUAUCAAAACACAACUAAAAGAGUAGUAUAUAAAACAUGCAGCUGCUGCUUUCUAAUUUGCUGUGGCUAAUCACAGUGACUUUUGCUGCUCUUGAGAUGGAACCCAGCCAACAGAGCAUUGAAGAAGGAAAACAACAGUAUGAAAUGCUAACACACAAAGCUCAGAUACCUAAUUUUGGCGAGUGCUGGACGGCGGCGCUGGAGGAGCUGCACCGCGACUGUCGACACCUGGAUGACGUCACCCAGGCGCGGCUGGCGCUGCGGUUCGCCUCCUGCUUCCUACAGACCUCGGGCCUGCAGCCAAUCAGCUGCCAGGAGAUGGAUGACGUCAGACCGUGCCUGCGUCGGCUGACAGACCGACAGUUUGACAGCUACCGCGAGUUCUUCACCCACACACAGAACAUGUGCUCGUUUCUGCAGGUCCAGGUGUGGAACCGUCAGACGGGUCGGCUCAUCUCCCGGCUGGGCUCGGAGGCGGCCGCCGUGGCCGAGCGCCUGGAGCGCUCCGGUACCGUUCAGGAGGACAUCCUUCGGGCUCAGGAGCGCGCGCUGGGCAACCAGCAGCAGCUGAUGGACCAGGGCCACAGGAUGUCCAGGGACGUGGACACGUGGAGGGAGAACAUGCAACUCAUGGUGCAGGACUUCAGGGAGCAGACGGCCGAGCACCGCGACCUGAUCCUGACGGUGUUUGACCGUCUGACGUCACUACAGCAGCUGGUGCUGGACCGCUUCAGCUGGUUCAACUCGCUGGCGCACUAUGUGGCCGGCGUGCUGCUCGUCUACCUGCUGACGUCCACCGCGAGAACUGCUGGCGCCAGACUGUGGCUGUUUCUGGUGCUGACAACCAACCUGGCUUUGGAGCGGCUACUGGCGGCUUACUUCAUAUCGGCCGAGUCGCCCCUGGAGGCCCGCACGGCUCAGCAGACCGGGGCGCUGCUGGACAGCUCCGUGUGGCUGCUGCGCCGGGCGGCAGUCUCCGUCUGUCUGCUCAUCCUGGCCGUCACCGUGUACCGCUACCGCGACCUCAACGUGGCCAACAACCAGCUGCUGCUGGAGCUACACCGGCAGCACCGCGAGCUGCGCGCCUACCUCGCCGCCAAGGGGAUGCCGGUCAGCGACGUUACAGAUGGCGCCACCACCACCUCCCCGGGCGUCUUCACCGGCCUGCGGAGUGGCGCCACCCCGUGGCCGAGGCGGUCACUAACGGGCCUCCCUGACCUGACUCCGAGACUGGCUGGGUCAGGCUCGGAGAGGACCGCUGACCUGAAGAGGUCGGGGUCGCGGCACGCGGUGUCGGCCGCCGGAGAUGUCACGGAUGGAGGAGGUUCGGCGGGGCCGGUGUUACGCGAGCUCUCUCCGCCUGCCGAGGAGGGCGGCUCCGACUCCGUCUCUCUGUCCAGCGACGCGUCCCUCUGCCGGGCCGUGUCGGUGCCGGCCGCCGGGGACCCGCCCCGCAGGCGGCGGCCCAGUCUGGUGGACGUACUGAGCGGGUCUCUGGAGCUGGGCGCGGCCCUGAGGUCGGCCUCGCGGGGUGAUAGUUCGCUGGAGUUGGGAGCGGCCCUGAGGUCGGCCGCCUCCUCCUCACGGGGGAGCAGCUCACCGUCAGAGACACCUCAGCCGUCUCCGGGCCGGUACAACCUCCGCACGCGGCCGAGCCCGGUAAGCGGCGGGUCGCCGGCGCCUCUGCGGUCCCCUGCCAGCCUAUCUCGAGCAGCCCACCGCCUGAGCACGCUGACAGAACAGCAGGAGGUGCUGGUCCGCCGGGCGCUGAGACGGUGAGGGCUGCUCCGACAGAGGUGGAAAGAGCGGAGGGGAGGGAGACUAGAGUCUGAUGGGAGGGAGAGUGUCUGAAGUGAGAGGUGCGUGAUGCGGUUAGUUGGACUGUGUACAGUCUGGUGAGUGGAGGUUACUAUGGAUGUCAAACCCCUUGAGACCCCACUUUUUUGCGAUAAUUUUUAAAUGCGUCAACUCUCGUUGACAACAUUCUGGCAAUGUGUGUUUCAGAACCUGCCGAAACUUUUAUUACUAAGGUAUUUUGACGCCAAACGAUUAUGAAAGGUACUUCUCAUUCACUCGUAAUGCUAAGGUCAAUUCAGGCCCAGGCAGAGGCUUGCGCUCGGCCACACUCGAGCCCCGCCACCAGCGCCAUCUGCUCUUAAUGUCAUUUACCAGCGCCCGCUACCGCUACCAGCUACCGCCCACCAUCAAGCCUGAAUGGAGCGCGAGACGCGAGUGACCGGUCGCCAGGCAAGGAGCGCCGGAGGGGUAGGGCGGAGCUUAGCGCUGACGUCAUUACGUGGCUCCGCCCCAUAAGCGCGUAGCCUCUACCCAAACAGCAGAUUCAUUCCGUGAAAUUUAACAUUACGAGUGAAUGAGAAGUACCUUUCAUAAUCGUUUGACGUCAAAAUACCUUAGUAAUAAAAGUUUCGGCAGAUUCUGAAACACACAUUGCCAAAAUAUUGUCAACGAGAGUUGACGCAUUUAAAAAUUAUCGCAAAAAAGUGGGGUCUCAAGGGGUCCAUAGUAGAUGUGUGCAUAAUGGACAACGAUCUCUUCCGCUUGUAUGUUUGUGGAAUGACAAGUCUAAAGUGAUUUCGUUGUCUUAGACAAGUUGCCUUUUGGAAAGGCCGUUUUGUGCUAUGGCGCGAUCAACCAGUCUUCCAAUGUAUGCGAUCUCAGGGUUAUUAUAUGAUAUACGCACGUCAGUGAAGGCAGAUGUUUUGAUACGGGACCAUUCAGUGCGUUGCCGAGGUGUGCUUUGUGUAUUCUUAUCGUAGUUCCAGCAAACACGUGAACAAACAUUACAUUGACGUGUCGAUUGUAUUUACCAUACAGUGCACAGCAUGCAACGUCCUCUUUUUAUAUAUUUAUUUACAUGAUUGUUUCAACCGCUUACAAGCGUACGAUCCACAAUAAUGCUUGAUAAUGUUUGUCCAUGUGUCUUGAUAAUAAUUGUACUUUGACGGGCAUUUUGACCAUGAGCUGUUUUGCCAUUAAUGUUAACAGCUUGUGUGAUAUGAAGCUUCCUACCUUAAUGUAUCCAGUGACCAGUCGCUAAUUAGCAUCUCGAUGCUGUUGCAUUAAUAGGCUGGAACGACUAAGCCAGGCAUAAUAUGAACUGCCAACUCUGUCAUGAAAUUGAAUGACUUGGACAUAAUACACGCAUAUUGUUUUAAA